CUGGCUCCUUGGGCUUGUGGUUCUCAGGCUCUGUUUGUUCAAGGGAGACUGGGGUGUAUGGGCAUGCAGUGCUCUCAGAAAUAAGGGCACCUUUACUAUCCGGCACCCCUCAGACCCAUGUUUUCAUUAGUACGGUAAGAAAUAAUGGUACAUCUCUUUGGGAAAUUAAUUUAGGCUGCUAAUUUGUUCAUUGGAUGUUCUGAGUAGACCUGUUUCUGGGCAAUUAUCUGAACUUAAGAUGAUUGAAUGUACCAAAGGAAAUGUUGGCUCGUGAGCAUUGAACUACCAUGGAGGUCUGUGAAUGAGAACAGGGAUGCAGCACAGCAACCAGGGAAUGCAUGGGGAAUAUUGAAACAGCACGUAAAGAACAUCCAAUGCUUGUUAGUGUGAGCAGUGGAAAAGGAACAACUACCAUGGUAACGCUAAUCACAGAAAAAUUGCAGAAUCAGAGCCUGGAGGACAUUGCUUGCACGGCCUACAGUAUUAAUGUGCGCUCCACUGAGAAACUGAAUGAAAGUGGCAACUUGUUUCCAUAUGAAAUUGAUGAAGAAAGUCCAUGGACACUUGUAAACCGGACUUGCUCAACUAAAGCUGAGACAAACCGCAAUGUGGCCUUUCCUUUCUCGACAUGUGCGUUUAACCAUAGCCUGGCUGAUCGUGUUGGGCUGCAAUGGCAAAUCAACACAGAUAAAACCUCCGUUUCCGGCUGGAUCAGUGAGUUGAGUCUCAGUGAGAACUUGAGUACACCUUUGGCUCCUCCCACAAAGCGACAUUGCAGGUCUCUUUCGGAGCCUGAUGAAUUAUCCCGGUGCCGAUCUCCGUGGAAACCCUGCAGUUCUAAGGUCUGGACUCCUGUGUCAAAGCGGCGGUGCAACAGUGGUGGUAGUGCAACCUUGCAGCGCUGCAACAGCCAUGGAAGUGCCACACUGCAGAGAAGCACGAGCAUCAGUCUGCUCCAACAAACCAGUAAACACACAUUAUCACUCAACAACAGUAUAUUUAAUAUUACCAGCUUCAAUACUUCUCCAGUACCAAGGCCCUCCUCUGCCAGCAGUGGAUUUGUAGAUAGUAGUGAGGGAAGCACAUCGAGUGUACGUUGGAACUCUGCAGGUCCAUUUGACUUUAACCCAAGACGGCGGCUGUCACUUUCACAAGAACACAUUACAGAAACGACAAAUCUCCUGCCUUCAGCCAACAGCACUCCCACUUCCACACCAGAGCUGAGCCGUCGACAGGGAUUGCUGCGAUGUCGCUCUCAACCCUGUGUGCUGAAUGAAAGGAAAUGUGGGUUAAAGCGAAGGCGUGAGGAAGAUGUUAGGUGGACACGACCCUCUUUGGACUUCUUAAAGAUGACACGGACAUUAAAGAACUCGAAAAGCCUUUGCUCUCUUGACUAUGAAGAUGAUGAUGAUGAUGAUGAGCAUCAUAUGAAAACUAUUGUGUCCUCACCGUGUGACUCAAAUGAUCUGUUAAUGAACAUCACUCCGGGCUCCAGUCCAGUCAAAGAAUGCGACUCUGCAAUAUAUCAUGUCCCUGGGACCCGAGAUGGCUGCCAUCCAAGGAAUUAUGGGAAUGAAGUCACUGUAAGCGAAAGUGAGGAAGAUACAAGUGAUUGUGAAAGCACUGAAGAAGGAAUAUUCCGGCUGGACUGUGGUGAUCUGGAUCUAGAACAGAUAGAAAAUAACUAAAUGCUGCAACAAUGUUCUAGAUAAGACUGGUUGUUUUUAUACUUUUUGUUGUGGUAGAGGAUUACCUUUGCAUAACUCAUGUCCAUUUUAAAAAAAAAAAUCUAUUUGUUAUUCUGGACUGCUUGAAGGUUUUUUUGUGCAAAACGUCAGUAGUCCAUGUUACGUGCACAGAAGAUUGAGGGUUCAGCAACUUGAUCUUACAAGGUUGCCAAUUUUUAGGUUUUGAGAAACAUUUUAGAGGAAGAGAUUUUCUGUAAAUUUGUCUGUUGAGGAUAUUUUGCAACUUGUAGCUUUUGAAAUGGAUAAAGCCGAACCCUGCAAAGAUGUGGAUUUUUUUUAAAAAGGGCAUUCUACAUUCAACUACACAGGCUUAACUACAGUGGUGUCGGUGUGGGAAUAGUGCUGCUUUUUGUGGGGGAGGAGGGUGGGGGUGCAGUCAGUGUUACAACAAAAAGAAAAUUGACAUUUUACUUCUACAAAGAGAAAGCUCUUGGCUUUGAUAAACCUGAAAUGGCCAAAUAGAUACAAUGGACAUCUCGUACUACGGUCACAAGAAUGUAAUAAGCACUUGAAGUUUGGAAAGAGACUGUGAUUGCCUGUUGUGAUCAGUUUAUUUUUUUUCUUCCCCAGGAGUCAAAUCCCUCAGCAAUAUUAGAAGGAAGACUUUUAUAGUCUUUAAAAGAAAUAAAUGGAUUUUUGCUUUGCA